AUGCAGCGCUUCAUUCUGACCGCCGUCCUCUUCGCCGGCCUCACUCUCUCCCAAAACCUCACCCAGAUCCAGGACCUUCCACCUUGCGGCCAAACAUGUAUCAACAACAUGUUAGGCAAGGCAUCGAGCUUAGGAUGCGGAACAUCAGACUAUGCGUGCCUCUGUAAGAACAUGAACUUCGGCUUCGGCGUGCGCGAUUGCUCCGUCCCCGUGUGCGCGGCGGCCAAACCACCGGUCGACCCAAGCAGCAUCAUCUCCAUCGGAAUGGACUUCUGCUCCGAAGUGUCAGCAGCGGCCACCACGGGCUCAGCCACCACGACCGUCGCACAGACCGUCCUCACCGGUACCACCGCCGUCUCAGCCUCUCCCGGAAGCGCCACCGCCGGCGCCGUGGCAACUGGCAGCAGCAACGCAACCUCGAGCGGCACGAACGGGACGUCAAGCGCGGGCGGUGCGGGCACGAACGGGACUGCGAGCACCAACGGCACCUCUGGAGGAGUGCUCGGAGGAGGAAAGGUCGUCACCACCACCAACAGCCUCGGCAGCACUACCACGUCCACGAUGACAUCCUCCUCCUCGACCAGCCAAUCCAGCGGCGGCAGCUCGUCCACCUCGAGCAGCGGCACCGAGUCAUCAUCCUCCGGCACCGGCACCGCCACCGGGGGCUCCACCUCACCCAGCGCAACCAAGAAAUCCGAGGCCGGCCACGUCGCGGCCGGCGCUUUCGUCGGUCUCGCCGGUCUCGCCGCUUACGUGCUGUUGUAG